AUGAUUUAUUUAUUUGAUACAGUAUUAAUAGAUGAUUAUUAAAAGUAGCUUUCUUCCACUAGUUUAAUAGAUUUUCGCGAGAUUUUGUAAGCAAUGUUAUAGCCUACAUAUUGAAAAUUAAAGAACACAUAAUAGCAAUUGCUAUCAUUGCUGUGUUUGUUUAACUGAGGGACUAAAACAGAAAACAGAGCAAUAUUAGUGUUGUAACGGUAAAAUUUGAAACAUCCUGUUUCUUUCAGUUAUGGGUGUAACUACUGCGCCUUAACCUCAGCUGUUUUGUGGUGUGUGUGUUUUUAAACUGAUUUGUUUAACAAAAUCUAAGAAUGUUAAAGCUUCAGUUACUUGAUUUAAAUAAUGUUAUAAUAUUAAUUGUGUAUUUUAAUGCAGUUAAGUAAUGCUCACUUGAUUCAGCAGGGAGUGAGAGAUUCUUACAGAAAGGUUUUUUUUUUUGAGAGAGAGAGAGAGGGAGAGAGAGAGAGAGAGCUUCUCAUCGAUUGGUCGGCCCUGCCUAGUCCUUAGAGAUAUAAACUGCAAGUGGCAAGAGAAACAGAGCCCAUAACGGUAUGAAGGGAUAAGGGCAACAACACCUUAGAAUAAAGGCAGAUCCUUGUAAUUGUCGGCAGCUGUUUGUUCUUUACUCCGUCCAUGCAGAUGAUUUCCUCAGGAUGUGUGUGGUCAGUUCACCUGACCUGCACUGUGCUUGUGUUUAUCUCUCCGGUUCUUUUGGCUCCGAUGUCGGACCAGUACUCCCGGGGUGUGGACUGGUUGAGCCGGUACGGGUACCUGCCCCCUCCGGACCCCCGCACAGGGCAGCUGCAAACCAAAGAGGGCAUUGAGAAGGCCAUCAAAGAGAUGCAGAGAUUCGCUGGCCUCAAAGACACGGGCAGACUCGACAGUGCCACCCUGAAACUGAUGAGCACACCACGAUGUUCAUUGCCGGACAUUAUAGGGUUCGGGGACUUGCUGAAAAAGCGAAGGAGGAAAAGAAGAUAUGCCACUGUUGGACUCCGCUGGAAAAAGUCUGACCUCACAUGGAGCAUCCAGAAUUACCCAUCUCUCCAUCCAUCCCUUGAUCCCAAUCAUGUCCAAUAUAUAAUGACGUAUGCCUUUAAAGCCUGGAGUGAUGUCACCAACCUCAAGUUUCAAGCUGCUUCCUCGAGCGAGCAGAACACAUCCGAUAUUAAGAUCUCUUUCACCCGCUCGCUCCACGAUGACGGAUAUCCAUUUGAUGGGAAGGGAGGGACACUUGCGCAUGCCUUCUUCCCAGGGGAGUAUGAUCUUGCUGGAGAUACGCAUUUUGAUGACGAGGAGAGCUGGACCUACGCAGAUAACAGGGGCACUGAUUUGUUCUCGGUGGCUGUGCAUGAAUUUGGUCAUGCCCUCGGUCUCUCUCAUUCCUCCUCUUCUCCUUCCAUCAUGCGGCCAUAUUACCAGGGUGCUGUUGGAGAUGAUAUUCCAUCUUACACUCUUCCAGAUGACGAUCGCUAUGCCAUUCAGUCAAUCUACGGAAUGAAGACAGGCUCACCAACACCAUCACCAAAUAAACCAACACCACCCUUACCCAAACCACCUACUCCACCCCGUCCCAAAGUACCAUCACAACCGGAUCCAACAGCCCAGAAUCGUUGUGAGGGAGGUUUUGAUGCGGUGGCAAACAUCAGAGGAGAUGUUUUCUUUUUCAAAGGUCCAUAUUUCUGGCGAAUCCAGCGGUCUGGAUCUCUCAUGUCUUUCCAACCCGCUCUCAUUAAAAACUUCUGGAUUGGUCUUCCUCCUGGCACUGACAAGAUAGAUGCGGUUUAUGAAAGAAAGCCGGACAGCACAAUCGUCUUCUUCAUAGGCUCACAGUACUUGGUAUUUAAAGACACCAUGGCGAUGUCUGGUUAUCCACGUCCGUUGUCAGACUGGGGGCUAAUCUCUCAUAAUGGAAAGGAUGUGAAGAGGGUGGAGGCGGCCUUCACUUGGGCUCAUAAUGGAAAAACCUACAUCUUCAGUGGUGGAGAGUUCUGGAGGUUCAAUGAAGGCUCAGGGACUGAGAACCGUCAUCAAGACGCAGAUUAUCCCAGAGACUCCUCCCUCUGGAAGGGUGUGCCCAUUAACCCUGAUGACAUCAUCACCUGGGGAGAGGGAGAUACUUAUUUCUUCAAGAACAACUCGUACUGGGUGCUGAAGAGCGGAGAGUUGGACCAAGAGAGUGUCAGUCUCGGAUCGACCGCAGUAGAUUGGAUGAAGUGUCCAGAGCCAACUCCAACCAAACCUCCAGACAACCCACGGCAAAAAGGAGACUGUUACUGCGGCAUCAACGGAGCCUUACAGAUGAGUGUUUCAUCGUGGAUACUGUCAGCCGUAGUCCUGCUUUAUCCAGCUGUCUUCAUAUAGGCCUCAACGCGCAAUAACUCAUCAGCCUUAUUUUACAUGGACUGUCUCAAAGCACUUAAAGUGAUAUCAAAUAUACAAAUAUUAAUUAAAGGGAUACUCCACUGUUUUUUCUUUUCACAUUAAACUAUGUUAUUACCUUAACU